GGUCAUGUGUGACUUCACCAUCUGGUUUGUCCCCGCCUUAAAGAGACACCAAUGUCUCUAACUCUCUUUCCUCUCUUUAUCAUCUCCCUCUCCUCCUUCUCCUUCACACACCCUCCUAAAACUCUUUUUGGUACAACCGCAUUUCAUCACCAAACAUGUUCAAUGGAGGCUCAGAUCUUCCUCAAAAGCCUUUCCAGUUAAUCAAACAAGACGACAAGUUCUUUUCCAGGCUGCUCUCCAAGGAGAAUUCCGCUUCAAACCCGUCAUUUAGGGUCGACUAUGGAGGCGUGUCCAGCUCGGUUCCGUUCAUGUGGGAGACCCGGCCUGGCACGCCGAAGCACCCCUGUUUCGACGACUCUCUACCGCCCCUAACGCCUCCUCCAUCUUAUUAUUCGAGUUCCAACAAAUAUGACGCAUUCCCCCAGAAGAAGUGCUCAAGAUCUAAUCUCUUGCGGGUUUUGUUCUUAAAGACCAGCCUCAAGAAACCGAAGGAUGUGGCCAAUUCAACUUGCUCUUUCCGCUCGUCGUCAUCCUCGUCCUCGAACUCGUCAGUGUUUGCCCCUAUGACUCCGACACGGAGGUGGUUCUUGAGUCGAAGGUUGAUGUCUUGCGAUUCUAGCAUUGAUGCUGAGGAUGAGCACGCUGGAUCUCCACCUACUUCCACACGGUGCUUUGGAGGCAGCAGGAAGUGGCGCAGCUUGAGCACCCCUGGUUGUUACCGCUGGUGAAACGUGGCCGGAGAUCGGUCAUUGUGCGUCGUUGCUUGGACUUUGUUCGUAGUGCUUGCGUGUUCAUAUACAUGAAAUUAUCAUCUCAAUUCUCAAGAAUAUGUAUUGUGUUGGAGGGUUUUCUAAUUAUUAUUUGGUCUUUUUUGGAUGUGAGAAUGGCUCGAUCUGCCAUCGUCAAAAUAAGGUGGUGCGAUGAGUGAGUGCGUGUUAUGGCAUUGGUCAGCUUAUAUAUCAUUGAAUUUUGCAUCAAAUCUUCCACAAAGAUAAAGAUUCUUAACUAGAUGUCAACAAGAUAAUUCUUUGGAUAUC